CUGCAGGCAAACGCAGCUACAGUCGUCAAGAAUCCUCUGGACUCUGAGGCCGCCGUGGACUGACAGUCUGACCUGGUUCUCACACAGACGAUGGACCUGUUCAGGAAGCAGGAGGAGUAACGGGACUCUGCAGACUUCUGAAGACCUGCUGCUCUGAAGCUGAAAGCAUGAAGCAGCUCUCCGUCUUUGUCGUCUUCAGCCUUCUGGUGUCUGAGUGCUACGGCGGCUGUGCUGAGGUGGACUCUCGGACGGAAGCUGUGGCCGGGGAAGGAUUCCUGCUGGGCUGCAUCUCCUGCAAGACCCGGGAGGAGGUUCCUGCUCGGGCCACGGUGGACUGGCACUUCAAGCCAGCAGGAGAGGAGAAGUUCAGGCACAUUUUCCACUACGAUCACCCCAACGCCACCGUCUUUCAUCCGGACUUCAGUGACCGCCUGGAGUGGCACGGCACGCCCGACCCCGAUGUUCAGACCGGUGCCGUUUACAUUCAGAACGUCACCUUCAAUGACACGGGGACGUACCGCUGCACCUUCCACCGCACGCUUUUGCUCUCCCUGUCUCACCAGCUGGUCGUCGUGGAGAAGGAGGUGGAGCUUACAGUGGUGGCCGAAGCGAGUCCGGAGCUGGUCGCCGUGAUCUCUGAGAUUAUGAUGUAUGUGCUGAUCGUGGGGCUGCAGCUGUGGCUCAUCGCCGUUCUGAUCUACUGCUACAAGAAGACCUGGGACGAGCACGAGCGGCACGAGGCCAGGAGGGCUCUCAGGGCUCAGGCCGAACUGUUGCAGGAAAAGGAAAACUGUGGGGGAGACCAGCCGGACAAACUCGGCGAGGUGGCGUCUUUGGAGUGAUGACAGUUUCAACGUAAAUGUCCACAAAAACUUGCUUUUGUAAUUGUUUUCUUUGUUUUUCAUCAGAGCAGAUAAGCACAGGAAAUGUACUUACUUUCAGAAAAUACCAAAUGUAAAUAAAAAGUUUGAUGGUUGCAUGAA